AUGGCCAAAUUCCUCAAGUACGGUAGAGUUGUCAUCCUUUUACAAGGUAGAUUCGCUGGUAAGAAGGCUGUCAUCGUCAAGUCCUCUGAAGAUGGUACCAAGGACAGAAAGUUCGGUCACGUCUUAGUUGCUGGUGUUGAAAGAUCCCCCAAGAAGGUCACCAAGAGAAUGGGUUCCAAGAAGAUCUAAAAGAGAACUUCCGUCAAGCCCUUCAUUAAAUACGUCAACCUUAACCAUAUCAUGCCCACCAGAUACUCCGUUAAGGAACUCUGUGACUUCAAGGAACUUGUUAAGGAAGAUAAGAUCAAGAACAACGCUAAGUCUGAAGUUAGAGACACCUUAAAGAAGGUCUUCGUCGAAAAGUACAGAACCAUCAACCCCGAAGAAAAGAGCGCUUCUCACACUAAAUUCUUCUUCUCCAAGCUUAGAUUCUGA